UCUUUUAUUCAGUCUCAUUGUUGUUUGAACCAUGGAGCUGAAAACCACCUCUCUUCUGCUGCUCGUCCUGUGCGCGGCGAUUCUCACCAGCACUGAAGGUGCCAUUCCAAAAUGCUGUGUGGAGCUUUCAAAGAAUAUUCCCCGACAAAUGUUGCUGAAAGUUUCCAAAUAUGAGAUACAGACGAAAUAUGGUGUCUGUGACAUCGAUGCAGUGAUAAUACAUCUCAACGGCAAAAGAAUCUGUGCUCAUCCCAAAGUGAAGAAACUCUUGAGGAAAAUAAAUAAAUAAAAAAGCAAAACAAAUCGGCAUAAAAGCAAACAGGGAAAUGAAAUAAACACUUUGAUCUUGACAUUGGCAUUAAAUGAUGUGGCAUUGAUCUAAAUGACACUUUUUACUUGUUCAGCUUCACUUUACUGAUAGAUCCAUCCAUUAUGUGCUCCAGUUUAUAUAUGAUUUUUUUAUGCUUUUUCAUCAAAUAAAAUAAUCUUCAGUUUUGGCUGUGUGU